AUGGCAACGCCAACAGGCAACAACGCCAAUUUCUCUGGCAAAAGGCUCAAUGUCCUAGUUUAUUCCGGAAAUGGAACCACCGUUGACUCAGUCCGGCACUGUCUGUACACUCUCCGCCGCUUGCUCGCCCACCACUACGCCGUCAUCCCUGUGACAGGCGAUAUGCUCCUGAAGGAGCCAUGGAUGACUACAUGCGCCAUGCUGGUCAUGCCCGGUGGCGCGGAUAUGGGAUACUGUAGCACACUCAAUGGUGCGGGGAACCGACGCAUCGCGCAAUUUGUUCGCAAUGGCGGGCGAUACCUUGGUCUCUGUGCUGGUGGCUAUUACGGAUGCAAGAGGUGUGAGUUUGAGGUUGGCGAUAAGACAAUGGAGGUCAUUGGGGAUCGCGAAUUGGCUUUCUAUCCGGGCAUCUGUCGGGGCGGGGCAUUCCCGGGCUUCGUUUACCACAGCGAGGAGGGAGCACGCGCUGUAGGGCUUGAAGUGGCCAAGGAAGCUUUAAGCGUUGGCAAUGUGCCAAACAACUUCCGGUCAUACUACAAUGGCGGUGGUGUCUUUGUCGAUGCGCCUUUGCUUGCAGACAAAGGAGUAGAGGUUCUUGCGAGCUAUACUGAAAAACUGAAUGUCGAAGCAGGGGAGGGUGCGGCUGCUGUUGUCUACUGCAAAGUUGGUAGUGGAGCAGCGGUGCUGACCGGACCUCAUCCUGAAUUUGCGGCUGUUAAUCUGGACCCUAAGGCUGGUGGACCUGAAUAUGCGGACAUGGUGGCGGCUCUCGCUGCCGAUGACAAGGAAAGGACGGACUUCUUAAAGGCUUGUCUGUCCAAACUUGGACUUGAGGUCACACAGGACACGACAACAGUGCCUUCACUGUCGUCCUUGCACAUGUCUGGAAUUGAUGCUGAUGGCCCCAUGGAUAUCCUGUCGGGCCUUGGAGCUGCAUUUACUCAGGAGGGCCAAACCGAGUAUCUUAAGGAUGACCACGAUACCUUCCGCAUUGAACGCCCUGGAACAUGGAAUCUUGGGGAACUAGAAGAAUCGCUCCCUGCAGCAUCAUCAGAGUCCAGCGAGGGUAUCGUUGACUACCAGGCAAUCAUCAAGCGGCUUGUGUUCCACGACGAUAUCCCAUCUUCCAAAUUGACUCCAUACUUCAACCAUCAUGCAUUUUAUGCUCACCUUCGCCAAUACCAAUCCGAGUCCAAGGGAGAGGCUACAACAUUUGGCUCCAAUCUCUUAUAUGGAGAGGUAGUGACUAGCACGAACACAGUCCUUGAAAAGAACACAAAGCUACUUCGUCAGUUGCCACAAGGCUUUACAGCUACGGCCACAGCACAAAUCGCUGGACGUGGACGCGGGUCCAAUGUCUGGGUCUCACCAGCAGGUUCUCUCAUAUUUUCAACUGUGGUGCGACACCCAAUGGACAAGAUUCAGUCGGCACCAGUCCAGUUCCUUCAGUACCUAUCAGCCAUGGCUGUCGUCCGGGGAAUCAAAAACUACGCCAAGGGCUACGAAAAGAUCCCAGUCAAACUAAAAUGGCCAAACGAUAUUUAUGCACUGGAUCCAGAUGACCCCGAGCAGAAACGGUACACGAAAAUCUGCGGCAUCUUAAUCAACUCCCAUUUCAUGUCAAACGAGUACAUCUCCGUCGUCGGUAUCGGUGUCAAUGCCACUAACGCUUCUCCGACAACCGCUUUGACUACCCUUGCGGCGCGCUACGCAUCCCCGGGAGCUGCCGCCGCUUCCCCUGUCACACUUGAGAGGCUCCUGGCUCGUACCUUGACUACCUUUGAAGCCUUGUAUACUCGCUUCUUGCGCACAGGCUUUGAUAGAGGCUUUGAGGCCAUGUAUUAUGAAGAUUGGCUACACAUGCAUCAAAUUGUCACGCUCGAGGAGGAGGGCGGUGCUCGCGCUCGUAUUCAGGGGAUCACCCGUGAUUUUGGCCUUUUGCUGGCUGAAGAGCUGGGGUGGAACGAUCGUCCAACCGGGCGUGUGUGGCAGUUGCAGAGUGAUAGUAACAGCUUCGACUUCUUCCGUGGGCUGGUAAAGCGCAAGGUAUAA